UCAUAAGCACUUUGGAUGUAAACCAGUCACAUUAUAGUACUAGCCACCACCUGAAAAAUCAAUCUCAAUCUCUGACACUACAGGUUAGUACCACUAAAAGCUUAAGAAUAUGACAGGAUUGGGUUCUUCAUGUGGAGCAUGCAAGUUUCUGAGGAGAAAAUGCACAAGUGUGUGUGUGUUUGCUCCUUACUUCUGCUAUGACCAAGCUGCAACCCAUUUUUCAGCUGUGCACAAAGUGUUUGGUGCAAGUAAUGUCUCGAAGCUACUGCUACACUUACCAGUACAACAUCGAAGUGAUGCUGCUCUCACCAUGUCUUAUGAAGCAAUAGCUCGGAUGCGUGAUCCGAUUUAUGGAUGUGUUUCACAAAUCUUUGCACUUCAACAGCAGGUUGCGUACUUGCAGGAGGAGAUUGAAACUCUUCUGGGGAACCAAAUGAUUAACUUGGCAUCUGGGAAUUCAAGUACUUGUGGAAGUUCUGAAGCAAAUAGUAACUCCAACUCAUUCAAUGGGUUACAAGUAUUUUCACAACAAUAUGAUAUUGCUGUUAACACACAAAAGUUUCAGAUCCAACCUGAACCACCAGUACUACUUCCACAAGUAGGAAUAGCAAGUACCAACCAAAGCUUUAGUAGUCAUGAGAUGGAUAUUCAGAUGCCUCCUUUACAUGAAUGGGAAGAAGUCAAGAUAUUCGGUGAUCACUCUAUGCAAGAUCCUUUAGAAAGAUUUCUUGAAGGUAUCGACCAAGAGAACUUCGGACACAAUCCGUGGUUGAAUGACCCUUCCAUCGCCUGGAACUAAAAAAGAAGAAGAAGUGCUGGUUAUGAUUAGAAUGCGCGUGAAUGAUCUCCAACCGUAAAUGCACGUAGGUCCUGCCAUGGAGCCUACAAGCAUCAACGGCUGGAAGUCAUCAUCGUCGUAUACCACUGUAUCUAAUCGUCGUGCACCACCUAGUAUUUUAAGCUUUUAAAAAAAUCAGGAGCUGGUGAAAUGAUUAGAACUCCAAAGGUUAGGAGGGACUAGAUUUUGUACUGGCCUAGUAAACCCUGAUUUUACUAUGUGGUCAGAUGGUCACAGCUUCUGAGUCUUUUGUGGUUUUUUUAUCCAUUCAGCUUCAAGCUAGUCAUAGGUGCUGAAAUUUGGUAGUUUGAAUCUAUAAAUAGCACCCCUCUCUAUCUCAGUUUGAAAUCGGAACCUUAUAAAACAAGCAUCCUUCU